AUGGAGGUAAUAUACGGUGUUAGANCGGUCCACUCGGCCUUCACAGCUCUGGCAAACGUGGCACUCGUCGACCUGCUCACGAGGAGGGGCGUGAUUCAAGACUCAUACACGAUCUGCAGCGCCCACACCACGAACCUCCGCCGUUACUGGCCUGGAGACACGACCCGGGCUCUCGGCUGCCACAUAGCGCCGACUUACCUCCACGUCGAAACCCCCAGGAACGCGUGUGAUGGAUUCUGGGAUUACGCUCGAAGACUCCACCUGAAUCUCAAGUCCAACCUCGAGGCGGGGAAAGCCCUAGAGGACGUCGCUCUUCGCCAGCUCACGCCUCGAGCCAAGACCGAGGAGAGAGAAGACCGAAGUGAAGACAAAGAGGAAAAUAUCGAAGCCCAAGCGGAUUACUUCACCUCGAACAUGGGCGAUGUCACCCCCUUCCUGAGCCAAGGAUCGGGGGACAUCGAGGCGACACGCAUCACGAGGUCGGUGUCGCUGCACGAGGCCGACCUCUCCUACUCCCACGUCUUCCACACCUUCAAGGGUCGUCUCACGCACUGCCUCGACUUCUCCACGAGGUUCCUGAGCGAAGACCUUGCUCGGGAAUACUGCGACCAGAUUUUCCGUCGUCUGGAGGAGGUCCUAUGAAGAGAGAACCGUAUUCAUGUUGACAAAUGUGGAAAGAUAUGAGAAUAAGAACGAAUAUCUUCACAAUACACAGUGUA